UUUCACUUUUCACUCUGUCAGAAAGUCAUCGCCGCGCGCCCGCCAUGAACCUCCAAGUAGAACCACCGGCGGAGAAGAAGACUCCACCACCUGCACUACCUUCUACAUCUCCGUCAUUCUCUCUACUUCCAGACGAAAUCGCCGUGAACUGCUUAGCCAGGAUAUCGAGAGCCUACUACCCGAGAUACUCAAUCAUUUCAAAAAGCUUCCGGUCACUCCUCUCUUCCAAGGAUCUCUACUCAGCUCGGUCUCAAACUGGAAGCACCGAGCAGUGUCUCUACGUCUGUCUCUCGGAUGAAAAAUGUCCCCGAUGGUAUACCCUCUGGAUUAACCCUAAUCGAACCACCCUCGACAAGACAACACACGGAAACUCCUUGGCUCCAAUUCCCUCGUCUGAAUUUACUUCAGUAUCACAAUCAACCCUAGUUGUUGACUCAGAGAUUUAUGUUAUCGGCGGACCGAUCAAGACCGAACCGUCAUGUCCCUCAUCAACCGUAAGAAUCCUUGAUUGUCGUACACACACUUGGCGUGAUGCACCUAGCAUGAUCGUAGCCCGGAAGGAUGCUCUUGCAUGCUUCUACGAUGGAAAGAUAUAUGUGAUGGGAGGAUGCGGAGAACUGGAAGAGCCAUGGGCUGAGGUGUUGGACGUAAAGACGCAAACUUGGGAACCUCUCUCUGAUCCUGGUGCUGAGAUACGUAGGUGUGUCUUUCACCGAAUCAAAGAUAUAAAAGGGAAGAUUUACUUUUGGUAUUCGUACAGAACGUAUGGGUAUGCGUACGACAUAAAUCGAGAUAACUGGGAGAGUGUUGAGGAGUUAGAGAAGUCAGCAUGUUUGAUGGAUGGUGGUGUACUGUACCACCGUAUUCCCGAGUCAGCAUGUGUGCUGGAUGAUGUAUGGUAUGAUUUAUGUCCUGGUAGCUACUGCUGGUGGACAAAGGAUGGAGAACAUUGGAGAGUUGUGAAAGGGUUAGACUCAUUAAUGAUAAUGUUCGAUAUUAAUGGUGGCUUUAUUGGAAAUACAGCUAAGCUCGUUGGUUGUGGUGGGAAGCUCUUAUUUAUGUGGGAAGUGUAUAGGGAACAUGAUCCCAGUAAUAUGAAGAAGAUUUGGUGCGCGGAAAUCACGAUGGAAACGGAUAACGAAGGUCAGGUUUGGGGAAAAUUUGGGUGGAUUGAUAUUGUGCAAAGAGUUCCCACCCAUUGUGCACUCUUGCGUUGUCUCGUUGCCUCCGUUUGAUUGACUUGUAUCAGAGCUAUUUUGCAUAUCAUGCAACAGAGGAGGUUAAAUCGAAGCAAGAUGAAGUGUUCAAGAAGACCAUCAAUGAGUCUUUAACUUUCCAUUUUUUGGAACAGUGUUGUUACUUCCUCUCUGAUUCCUGAAGUUAUUAUGAACUUUUUUAAAUUUGGU